UUUAGUAAAAUUACAGUAGCUUAUAGCUCCAUUCUCUCUCUCUCUCUCUCUCUCUCUCUCUCUCUCUCUUUCUCUGUUUCUUCUUUUCGACAGCUUUUGCUUUUCUUCUUCAGCUCCCAAUACCCUCUCCAAUGGCCCUUUUGUGUUGCUUAGCUAUUCUUUGUCUAGCUCUGGUUCAAUCUUCCCACUCUGCUGUGAUAAUGAGCAUGAGGAACCACCACAAAACCCACCACUAUAGCUCAGGGUCAAUGAUCCACACCAACCAAACCACUUGUGCAAUGUUUGCAGGCACUUGGGUCCAAGAUGACUCUUACCCAAUGUACCAAUCUUCUGAGUGCCCUUUAAUCAUAGACCCUGAGUUCAAUUGCCAAAUGUAUGGGCGCCCAGAUUCUGAGUACCUCAAAUAUAGAUGGAGACCCCUCAAUUGUGAACUCCCAAGGUUCAAUGGGGUUGAGUUUUUGCUCAGAAUGAAAGGGAAAACAGUGAUGUUUGUAGGUGAUUCACUUGGGAGGAAUCAAUGGGAGUCUUUGGUUUGCUUGAUAUACUCCGCAGCUCCCCAAACCCAAACCCAAAUGGUGAAAGGAGAUCCACUCUCAACAUUCAACUUCUUGGACUAUGGUGUAACCCUGCAAUACUACCGAGCUCCAUAUCUGGUGGACAUUGAUAUGAUGGAAGGAAAGAGAGUUCUGAGGCUUGAGGACAUAUCGGAGAACAGCAAUGCGUGGCGUUCCGCCGAUGUGCUGUCGUUUAACACCGGUCACUGGUGGAGUCACACAGGAGGUCUCCAAGGGUGGGAUUACAUGGAAUCAGGAGGAAAAUAUUACAAAGAUAUGGAUCGCUUGGCUGCUUUGGAGAAAGGAAUGAGAACCUGGGCAAAUUGGGUCGACAAAAACAUCGAUACCACAAGGACCCGAGUUUUCUUUCUCUCCAUAUCUCCCACACAUUACGACCCAAAUGAAUGGAAUGGGGGAGCAACACCUACAACCACCAGGAACUGCUAUGGAGAAACAUCACCGAUGACAGUGAGUGGGAUAACUUAUCCGGGGACGACAUAUCCAGACCAGAUGAGAGUGAUGGACAUUGUGAUCCGAGAAAUGCGCAACCCUGCAUUUCUGCUAGACAUUACAAAGCUUUCAGAGCUCAGAAAAGAUGGGCACCCUUCAAUCUACAGCGGGGAUUUGAGUCCUGCACAGAGAGCGAAUCCUCAACGUUCAGCUGAUUGUAGCCAUUGGUGCCUUCCUGGAUUGCCAGACACUUGGAACCAACUGUUUUACACUACCUUGCUCUUCUAAAUGGAUAGUCUUCUCUAACAAGUAAUAUAGGAUUUAGUUAUGAUAACGAUUUAGGAGGUGCUAAUUUGCAUCUUUAUUUCUGUCGUGUAAUCUGUAAAGUAAUGCUUAAUAUAUUGCUGGAGUAGUGAGGAAAAAUAAGGAACCUUAUUUUUCCUCAUUAUUUUUCCAAUUAUGGAACUUUUACUAAUCAAAAAUCUUCAAUUAUUGCUGCAA